AUUGUCGCUGCGACAGUCGUACAAUACGAAACGAUUCUGUUCUUCCGUGGCGCCUGUUGAAGUCAGACUCCUGCCCGACAGUCGUCACAUUAUUCGACGGACGGAACGGAGCGUUAAUUAUUCGUUAACAGGUUCUGCAAUUGUUACGUGGGGUCUCGGCCGCGCGGUACAACGGUGUGCGCGAGAUUAAUUUUGGAGAUUGUCACUCUAAACGUCUAUUUACCUCCGUCCAUGUGUGUUUACAUUUUUUACAACGUAUCGUACAAGUGUCGUCUGGCAAGGUAACACGAAAAGUGACGCCGGUGAGACCGCGGGCUUCAUUUUGCGUCCGUGAGGCAAAGCGAUCAGACGAAAAGUUCAUUUCGUCAUGGCGACGAGCCGUAGCUUAUGUUGCAUCGGCGUGUCGUUCGCGACGAGGAUAAUUGGGGCAUACACGAUGUCUACUUCAAUUUUAUUAAUAAACGUGUUGGUAAGCAGCUUCUUCUCAAGGGACAGUGAUGACGACUUUUUCGAAUCCGUCAAGACUUGGGCUAUACUGGGAUUGAAUUGGAUGCAGGCAAUACAGAGAUACACGCAGCUCCAGAAAAAAGCGCAAGCCGCCUUGAUAUGUUUCCUCAUAUAUGCCGUCUCGUUUCUGGUGGCCAGCGGAUAUCUCACUAUAGGAUCGCUAUCGAAGAGACACACCAGCGCCGUGCCUUGGAUGUAUUUGCAAAUGAUUAGCGUGAUAGAUCAGACUGUGUCGCUAUCUAAUCAUAUAAUACAUGACCAACAGUCUACCUUAUAUUUGUGGUACACUACGGUAUGCAGCGUCUAUUUGAUUUUGAGCGUGUAUUUCUGGAUGGUUGUGGAAUCAGCUCGAAAUCAAUGGUACAACGAGCGGAAUCGAAUUGCGAAUUGCGAACCGAGCAUGUUGGAUUUUGAAUUAGCAAUAACGCCCACGAGUAGCGAUCUAAAGUCACCGUCCUUCCUCUCGCAAAAUUUUUCGAUGUUCGAAUCACCGCGUCCGUCGACGAUUCUGCCUAAAUAGCAGGAAGUCCAUGAGGAAGCAUGGCUAACUCUGAAACGAUCCUGAUAGACUUGCCGCCUGAGGCGAACUGUUGCCAGAACUUACAGGAGGAUAAUAUUUACAGAACAAUGUGAGAGGAAGACUGAGAAAUUUCUUUCUUAAUAUUCCAUUAUUUGCCAUCCUAACUUAAGACUCAUGCGCUAUAUAUAUAGUAUAUUUAUUUACUAAAUAUGAACUAGCUCAUAUAUUUUGUAAUAAAUAUCUACUUAUAAACAUCUCUCGUGUUUAAACUGCGCGAUGAACAUUUUUCUAUGAGAUUGUCAUAAGAUUAUAUUAUUUCGUUAAUAUAAUUUUUACACGUUUAAUUUAGCAAUUUAUUAUCGGUAACAUAAAUAGUCCUCUUAUAAUAUUGUAUAGUAAAGUUUAUUGCAACGCGUGCGUGAAAAAUAUCAAUAAGGCAAAAUUUUAAUAAAGAGCAAAGACACAUUGAUGAAUGUGUCUUUAUUCUUGAAUGUGAAAUUGAAUCUAACGAAAUGUUUGAAGCACUCUAAAUUCCAAAUAAGGCAUGUUAAAAUUUUUAUUCCAAAAAUAUUUGAUUAGUCAGUCAAGAUUAUUGAUCUUAAUGCAUUUAUUCGUGCGCUACAUCGUGGCGUGCGUAUUUCUGAGAAUUUAGACGUUAAGCCGGCGGAAUACCCUAUUGAUCUUCCUUGCCUAAUGGAACGUACGCGAGUCACUAAACUUCACUACGGUAAAUCCCGGUUUCGGAAACGGGGAAAAUGUAUAAUAAUGCGGAGAGUAACUUCAUAAAUCAGUCAGGAGAUGCGACUAAUAGAGUGUAUCAAAUGCGCCCCCGGCGGAGCGUGCUUGCAUAGAAAAUAUGAGAAAUGGCCACGUUUUACGUCGAAAUACUUUUAAACUUCCUGGAUUCGGAUUGCACGCGAGCAUAUUCGCUAUACAGGAUCCGACCGUCUCUUUGGAUAGAGGUCGAUUUGUCCGAGAAUGGCCGCAACUUUUCGCAAUACUCUUGAGAAUGGUGAUCGAGUGUACAAUAGAUGAUAGAGAAAAGCUCUCGAUACAAUUUAUUGGAGAUAUUUUGUCGUAUCGAUUUCAUAUAACAUAUACAUCUAUGUUUGCAAGGAGGUAUACUCUAAUAAUAGCACAUAUAUGUAACAUCUAUAUGAUACAUAUAUUGGAAAUGAGGUCAAUCUCUCUUUUAUUUUAUUGAAUCUUAUGUUAUUUCAAAAGUAAA